UUUUCCGUCGUGUUUGCGAGGCUUUUUUUUUUUCAAGUUCUCUCUCUCAUUGCUUCUUCUGUCAUUCUUCGUAUUUCGUCAAUCGCGCGAGAUCAGACAGUUCUUAUAAUACACACAUGAUACACACAAUCUCUCUUGAUCUAUGUUUGUAUUUUUUUUCCCGUGAUCUCUCUUCCGUGUGAGGUCGUCAAAAAAAUUCGGACGCAAAAAAAAAAAAGGGAAUGAUUGUUUUCGCGUGUGUAUUUCGCUUCAAAACUUGCGUGAUCAAAAGCCGGCGCGCAGUGCGUGGAAGGAUGUAAAGAUCUUGUGUCCUGUCUCGUGCGAUCUCGAGGAAUACUGGAAGAUGCUACGUCUACGAGGAUAUUCGCGGUUAUGGCGAACCGCAUCUUGUGACAAUUUUUGGGAGAUCGGUGGGCCAGCGAGGAGAUAAGGACCCGGCCAUCCUCGAAUAGAUUCGCAUGUCAAUAUCACGCUGUCUGAUGUCUUCGGCUGCGCAUCAAUUCGAUUGAAGCACUGCAGUGUCCCUUCGGCUACGCUGAAGGGUCAGCGUGCGCGGAUGGUGGAUCAGCAAAAAAUGCGAUAGAAACGCGCUGGAGUACAAUCGAAAGAAAAAGAGACGGCGGAGAAAUAGGAAUAGGUUUAUCCCUCCCUCUUCCCCCCCAGAUGAAAGAGCGCCAUGUGCUCGGACGCACCGAUCUGGCGGAGGAGGGUUACCCUCCUCGGCAUAAUGUUACUGCUGCUGCUUUUGUGGGAAGCGAAUGCGGCAGAGGGCUGCCCGAGUAUGUGCGCGUGCAAAUGGAAGGGCGGGAAAGAGUGGGUGGAGUGCGCCAACCGCGAUCUCAGAGGGUUACCACAGGGCGCCCGAGAAGAAACGCAGGUGCUCGAUCUGUCUGGCAAUCGCCUGGUCAGCCUGCAGCCGGAGUGCUUCCACGCUCUAGGCCUAAUUAACCUCCAACGACUUUAUCUGAGCAAGUCUCACAUCAUUCAGAUCGCUUCCGAGGCGUUUGUUGGAUUAGUCGGGCUGGUAGAGCUGGAUUUGUCUGAGAACAAGAUUGAAAAGGUGCCCACGGAGACGUUUGCGUCCUACCCGAGUUUGAUGCGACUUAUAUUGAACGGAAAUCCGAUUAAGGAGAUACGCAAGGAUGCGUUUCACCGUCUGGUACAUUUGACUAAUUUGGAAAUUAGCAAAUGCUUAAUAGAAGUCAUCGAGGAGAAUGCUUUUGAGGGUCUUCAGUCGCUGGAGUGGCUCCGGCUGGACGGCAAUCGACUUACCCACGUGCCUAAUCACACUUUGCCGUUGGGAGGUAGUCUCAGGGGACUGACUCUUCACAAUAAUCCGUGGCAGUGCGAUUGUAAAUUGAGGAUUCUGCAUAGCUGGUUAAAGGAAUCGGCUCCGGCAGCUCCGCAGGAAUCUGAGCCUGUUUGUAAUUCUCCAGCAAGACUAAAAGAACGACAAAUAAAGAGUCUCAAGAUCAAUGAACUGGCCUGUCUACCGCGUAUUGAUCUUCAAAAUCAUUUGGAGAUUUACGAAGGUGGAAAUGUCACUCUGCAGUGUGAGGUUUACGCGAUACCGACCGCUAAAGUCUCUUGGUGGUUCAACGGGGAACCGUGCGAGCUGCAGAACGAGAACGAUUCUAUGGCCAACAGUAUUUCUGCAUAUCCAAGAUACAUCCAUCGGCAACGAGGCGGGACCAACAUGAGCAGUGCGUUGUUUCUUUACUCGGUCGAAUCGCUCGACGAAGGAAUCUACAAUUGUAUCGCGGAGAAUAACGCGGGUUCCGCGGUAGCGAAUCUCUCUCUCCGUGUGCUUUUUCGCGAAAAAUCCACAAUUGAACCACCCGUAGACAAUCCCAGUUCCGGUUAUAUAGUCGCGAUAGCAGCGGGUGCGCUGGUAGGCACUCUUUUCGCUCUAACUUGUCUAGUGGGAAGCAUAAUAUACUGUGUGAAGAAACGGCGUCGCGAUCGCAAGCGCAACUCAAAGGCGCUGGUGACGCAGAGCAAGUCGGUGCUACCAAUAACGAAGGACACUACCAGCAGUUCUUGCCGUAAGGGAAAUGGCAGCCUGAUCGGCCUGGAACAUCAACAGAUGGUCUCUUAUACCGAGCGAGAGAUUAAUCGCGCGGCCACUCUGGAGCGCCGAGAACACUCCAGAAAUAAUUUGGACCGCAAUACGUAUCCGGUGGCCAGUCCGGUCGCCAAAUACCUGACCGAGCCGGAUCUUAUCAACGAGGUGCCCGAAAACACCGAAGUGGGUUACGGUCAACUCUACGGACGACAUCAGCAUACCAGUGGUGCCGAUCGGCAGAUCUUGGAAUAUGACUCGGGUUAUCCGUUACAACCUGAUCUGCGGCCACCGCCCGUUUUGCCGCAGAUGAGCUACCUGGACCAGGAUGGCUAUCCGUUGAAUUUCGGCUUGCCCAAAAUCUCUUUCACCGCCAGCACUCUGCCGAGACUUCGACAGCGUAUGGCGGAGCCCGGCUCGGCAGCGGCGCCCGCAGCCAGAUACUCGCGUGAGGCUGAGUUCCUCGCGAGAUCACCGGGUUACGAUCCCGUUUUGUCGCGAACCGAUGCUAGGUACACUGUCGAAGGCUAUCCCUAUCCGGUACAUCAGCAUUCGCAGCUUCAGCAACUUCCACAACAUCAGCAGCUUCAACAACAGUCCCAGCAAAGGAUGUCAUCGCCGCCGAUUCAGCCGGUCGAGCAGCCAAUUCAGCAGCAGUUGCCUAUUCAAUCGCCAGUCUCGCCAGUUGCCAUAUUCCCGGAAGUACCAUUCAUACCGUCACCUCCGGCGGCUUAUAGAGGCGAGACGACUCCCUUAUCACCGAGGUCUCUUCUCGGUAAAACCGCUCGAGAAGCCGCAGCUGCGGCCGCCGCGAGAGCGGAAGAGCUUCAACCACCGAAUCAUCCGGAGAGUCCUGAUGAGGGCUACGUGGGAGACGCUAUGGAUGUGUGAAGAAUCGCUAAUGCCGGUGAAGAGAAAUCUGUUGCAAAAAAAGUGUGAAAUAUGACUUUAUAAACUGACUUUUUUGUCUUUUUUUCUCACGUAAUUUGAUUUUUACGUUUUGUAAACCUACUUUGAAGUUUUAUCCAGGACCAAAAACUUUCUCUCUAUAAAUAAUCUAAUGUAAUAACUUUUACUGCUUAGUUUCUUAAACAAAAGCGAAUAUAUAGAAAAGAUGAAGUUUGAGAAUAAGUGUCGCACAAAUAUUUUGAUCGUUUCGGAGAAAAAAUAUAAAAUAGGUUGAAAAAACUUUGUGCACAAAUUUGUUAUGUAUCACUUGUAACAAAAUAAUCGUUAUAGAAAGAAAACAUGUUUUUGUUUGUUAACAUUUAUUGAUUCAGCACAAAACAUUGUCUAUUUAUGUAUAUUUACAUUCCAAGUUUCGAAUCACUUUUACAAUCUCUUCUCGCGCGCAUCAGACAUCAGGCAUGAAGACCUUAACGAAGCUACGAACAACCCGAAUUACCGACAUCAAGGAGGAAAUCUGUCCUCGUCACUCUACCAGAUUAAUUCACGGAGGAUAACAGGGUCCAGGAUGUGAUUGGCGGAACAGGGCCACCCGAGACGGGUGCGAACAAAGGACUCGUCCUGGUGGUGGAGACGUAAUAGAUUAAUCAGAAGGCAUGUCUCGAACGUCGUUGCGGUGCACAGUUCUCAUCAGAGUUAGGGAGGACAAGACAGAUGUUCGCCUAGGACUACGCAGCGAUUCUCUCGCGUUCGCGCAUCUGAGGGAAAUCGACUUCAAAAAAUUUACGCGGAUCGCUUUUAUAUGCGGUGAAUGCUUUUUCGGACACCAAAAUGGCGACCGGAUUUAUUUAAACGGCGUGUCGCGCACUUGUGAAAUACGACGACGACCGUUGGACGCGCUCCAAGGAGAAACGUUUCGAUUCGCGCUGAAAAGGAACCAAGAUGGCGUGACUGAUCCUUAAAGUGAUAGAUAAAUGUUUGGCGGACUCGAUCGGGUGAAACGCGUCUCCGAGAUCCCGCGCUUUCAGUGUCGCGAGCAAGGACGUGACUGGUGCUCAAAAUGGCUCUGGUCCCACCUUCUCUCUCCUCCACCCAAAAGAUUUGCUUAGAAAAUGUGAAAUUAAUUAAAAUUAAUUGUUCAUGUCGAUCAAGGAAAAUUUUAACAGUUACGAUAAAUUGGUGAUUGCUGGAGGAGCAAACUCAA